AUCUGAAGCUAAAUAUUAAAAAAAUGUAAAACGAACCUAUUUUUUUCUUAUCUCGUGCUGAGAUUGCCAGACUGCGUGUGAAUUAUUGCGCAAAAUAGUCGUAGCACUUAGUUUGCGCAAACUCUGUGUUCCAAGCAGUCGCAGUCAGCUGUCGCAAGAUACCAUGCAGCGCUGGUUCUUCCUCGAGGACCCCAACAACGCCAUUCUCCGCGUUGGCAAGGGGGAUGACGUGCAGCUCCACAUAAGCAAGAGCGCCACCUCCAAGUACCCCCCGAAGCGGUGGCUGUUCCGCGUGCGAGCCCCCGAUCUGAAAAAGGACGAGGUCAUGUGUGUCUCGGGCAGUGUCCCGGAGCUGGGCUCCUGGCAGGCCGAGAAGUGCGUCCCUCUGGAGCGCGAGGACGAGUCGGACGUCUGGUCUCUCCCGGUGAUGAUCCCCGACAGGGUGAACAUCCAGUAUCGGUUUUGCGUUUGCGUGGUCAUCGACGCGGGGCUGCAGGUCAUCGUGCGGAGCUGGGAGGCCCAGAUCGCCCCCAGGGCGAUCCACGCGACGGAGAAGUCGCCCCUGGAAACAGACGAGCCUUUGACCUACGGGGACUACGGCAAUGUUUGCCGGAUUGACAGGGGGUGGCUUAAUAAAGAAACGGUGAUUCAAUUGAAGUUCUGCAAUAACCCCUUGACCCUCUGGAGACCGAAGUACACCAACCGCUCGGUUUACAUCAAGGUGACCCCCGUGGGGCUUCUGCGCCACAACACCAUCUCGAAGACGAUGUCGGAGGCUUUGGAGGAGUCGCUCAGUGCGGACACGCAGGACGCGUUCGAGAACCCCAAGCAUGCCCUGAGCGAGGUCGCCUCCCUCAACGCCGAGGACUCGUCGUUCCACCCCCAGCCCCAAUUCGGGGAGGAGUACAAGGAGAACGACAUGCUUGUUUUCCAAUGCUCGGUUUUGUUCCCAGCCAAUGUGGCUUUUCUCAUCGAUUUGUACAUAUACAGUUCGAGACACGAUGAUGGGGAGCCGCCCCAUCAUGCCGGGUUCAGUUACUUACUCCCCACUGUAUUGCAAUCGUCCGAGGGAAGUGUUGUGCUCCCGGUGACGAGCACCAAACACCGGCCGUUGGGCCAAGUCCGGAUUGACUACAUCGUCGUGAGGCCGAUGCCUAAUUUCAAGUGUGAUUUGAGUGUUUCGUAUGCGAGACAUUGGAAGAAGACGAGGGCUGGCUUGGACGUGGGCCAUCGGGGGUCUGGCUCCAGUUUCAAAACGCAGAAUUGUGCAGAAGUUAGGGAAAAUACCGUGGCAAGUUUGAAGAAUGCCAUUGAUCAUGGAGCGGAUUUCGUUGAGUUUGAUGUUCAGUUGAGUAAAGAUCUUGUUCCUAUUGUUUAUCACGAUUUCCACGUGUGUAUUUCGAUGAAGAAGAAGAAACAGUUGGAUGAGACUGAUAUGUUGGAGCUGCCGGUCAAGGAGCUGACCCUGGAUCAGUUGCAGCUGUUGAAGGUGUACCACUUGAGCGAGGGCAAGACGAAGAAUCCGCGCUUCUUCGACGAAGACCUGGAGGAUCACCAACCCUUCCCAACCCUCCAGCACGUGCUAGAAGUGCUGAACCCGCACGUAGGUUUCAACAUCGAAAUAAAAUGGACCAUGCAACUCUACGACGGCUCGUUCGAGUUGUACCACCCCACCGACAUCAACCUGUACCUGGACACCAUCCUCGAAGUGGUCCUGCGUUACGGCGGCGAACGACGGAUCGUGUUUUCCUGUUUCAACCCUGAUAUUUGUUCCAUGAUCAGAUUGAAACAGAAUAAAUAUCCUGUUAUGUUCUUAACCAUAGGCGAGAGUAAGGUUUACGACCGGUACAGAGACCCGAGAUGUUGGUCCAUUCCGGCUGCCGUGCAGUACGCCAACAUGAUCGAACUGCUCGGAAUUAGCGCACAUACGGAGGAUCUCCUGAGGGACGCAUCAUUGGUCCAGUUGGUGAAGAGGGCGGGUUUGAUAAUGUUUUGUUGGGGGGAUGAGAACGCCGAUCCGACCACCCUGAAAAUGUUGAAAGAGUUGGGUCUGCACGGGGUCAUCUACGACAAAAUCUAUCAGCUGUCGAGCAAAGAAGUGAAAGAAAGUAUUUUCUUGGUUGAGGCUCGCGAGUCCCAGAAAGACCUAAUCAGACUAGCAGCAGCCGCCGCUGAGGCCCCGUCGCCUGUCUCCAUAAUCAAGGAGCAAGUCCUGGACAUUGAAAAGGCGCGGCACGAAAAUGAAGAAAACGUCUCCACUGCGACGUCGCUUGAAAGUUUAGAUAGCCGUAUGUCUGAUUAUGAAAAAAACGGGACAGGUUAGGACUUUCGCUUUUAUUAUUCAGUUUAUUAGCAAAUUUACCCUAUCUACAAGUAUUACCUCAGUUGGGGAUGUUUUUAAAACAACUAAAUUAUUGUAGGCACUUUUUAUUAAAUAUGCUACUCUAAGGUUGUGAUUAUUUUCUUUGUUUACACUAGUUUCAAAGCAGGGUUAUUAUUUUAAAAUGCCGACUUUUAUUCAGCAGGGAUUUUUUUCAUUUAUUUGUUGCCAUUAUUUGUAAAAGUCGAUUUUUUCGGAAAUACAUGUUUUAAUAUUGUGAUAUGAUUCUUCCAUGAUUCACUAAAUUAAUCGUAAGGAAAAUUUCAAACAUCGUAAUUAAUGUUGGACAGUAGUUAUAAAGUUGAGCUAAUGAGUAAUUGAAUCGAUUUUAAGAUUUUUAAGCAACGGAAAUUGUGAUAUUGGUAAUAUCGUGAAUCAUCUCCGUUUAUAAAAAGGCUAAGAAUUUUAAUUUACGUUUCUAGAAAUAUAACGGAAAAUGAAAUCGUUCCAAGUUGGAAGAUAAAACAGGUGAAAAACAUGUAAAUAAAUAUCACAAGCACUUCCAUUUUCUCACAUUUCUUUCACAAUAACAGUAUGAAUUCUACCAAAUAAAAGUAGUUUAUAAAUCAGCAGUUUAUUUUACAUACUAGAUAAUGUACCAAAUGUUUCUCAAAUUAGUUAGACGAGCAAAGUUAUUGCGAUGCUUCUAGCAAAAUAUUGUAUGAAACUCACAUUAAACUAUUUCAUGAAUUCACUGUUCUUUGAAGUCAUAAAGGAUAUUUUUAUAAACUUGGCGUUUCGUAUCUGUAUGACUUUCAUUUCAAGUUUUGUUCAACAUUUUGUGGAAUAAAACUUGCUAGUUAGGGACUUCACAAAUUUAAACGUUUUCGUAACAUUUUGAGCCUAUUUUAAAGGAAAGGGCUGUUUAGGCGGUUUAGUUAGGAGAUUUCUAAUAAUUUUAGUGCCAUUUUAUAACGCAGGGUGCACAAAUUCUUGCAGCUAAAACACAAAGACAAUUUUUCACCAAAUUAUUUUAAAUUCUCACAGAGUUAUUGUUGUAUACCUGCCUUUUAGUAUUUUAGUAAUCAAUGACGCAGUGCUUUGUGAAGAAAGUUCUGCAUUUUUUUGUGCUAAUCAUACGAGAUGUUGAAAUUUUUAUGACAUUUUUGCAAUAAAGUUCUAACCACUGUU